CCUUCCUCCGCCUCCUCUUAAAGGGCCAUGUCUCUUUUCUCGCCGCUCCUACGGCUGCCGCCACGAGGCCUCGCCGCGGCCGCCGUGGCCGCCCGACACCGCCUGGCGCAAGCGAGGCCCCGGCCGGGCAGAAACGGAGGUCAGAGCCGAAGGACGCCCCGCCAAGCGGCAGAAGGAGGAGCUGUCAGCGUUGGCAGCGGCCUCGGCCUAUCAGCCUUCUUCCUUUUCUCCGGGGAACCUGCGCAGAAGGAGGGCGAGGGCGAUGCCGAGGGAGGAGAGGCCAAGGCGGACCCGGAGGCCGCCAUCAUUCUGGUGCUGAAGAAAGCCAAGCUGAAGAUCAUGAAAGGAGAAAUGGAAGAAGCCGAGCGCCUCCUGCACGAAGCCGCUUGGCUGUCUCAGCAAUCAAACAACAAAGCGGCCAUCAUUUACACCUAUGACAUGAUGGCAAACUUGGCCUUCCUCAGAGGAGAGCUGGAGAAGGCUGAAAAGCUUUUCAAGGCCACCAUGAGCUACAUGCUCGCCGGGGACGUAAAGCAAGAUGACAAUGCCAUUCUCCAGAUGUCCCUGAAGUUGGCCAGCAUCUACGCCGCUCAAAACCAGGACAAACUAGCCCUGGCUGGCUAUCAGUUCUGCAUCCUGACCCUGGAGGAGAAGGUCGCCAAGCAGAAGGAGAUGCCCGCGGACGCCUUGCCAGAGGAAGAGCGCAGCAACACCCACCUCCUGCUCGCCAUGACCCUUGAUUCCUACGCCCGCUAUCUCCUGGCCCACCAGCAGACCGCCCUGGCCCAGACCAUGUACGAACGGGCCCUGCAGAUCGCGGUGGAGGUCAACGGCGAGAGACAUCCGCAGACCGUGGUGGUGAUGAACGACUUGGCCACGGCACUGGAUGCUCAGGGCCUCUACGAGGACGCCUACGCCCAGGUGAGCCGCGCGGCGGAACUGGCCCAGCAGACCCAGCACCCCGAUGCCCCCGUGAUCCUGAACAACCUGGCCGGCAUCCUGAUCCAUAAAGGAGAUUAUUCCCAGGCCCAGCAGGUCUACCAAACCGCCCUGGAAGUGGCCGAGAAAUCCGGGGACGGCGUUGCCGUCAGAUACAUCACGAAGGAACUGGCACAGCUGGCCAAGAGGAAACGGGUGCGAGCCAAAGCGAGGGCCGGCUUGCAGGAGAUGGAGGCGGGCAAGGCCGGGGCUGAGGGGCCGAAGGAGUGACCGGCCCUGCUUCCCGCAAUUGGCUUGGACUACGAUUGUCCGAACUGCGACAGGUGCUUUGUCAGGGCCCCACGGCGUGGCUCUCCGUGGGGCAGCCCUCCACCGUUGCCCUGCCCAAGAGGACGGCAUGUAGGGGGCGCCAGCUGGAGGGCAGAGGGUGAGGACCCCACCCCCAGGACAGCCCCAGUUGGCACCGCCAGGGGCCGAAUAAAGCGGAGAUACCUGCAGCUUUUAAGCCAUAAAA